UGGAAAGACGAGGGUGGAGAAUAAUCUAGCCGCGACGAGUGCGACGUGUCAACAAGAUAGUGGUGCCAUCGUAAAUCGAGACAUCAAAUAAAUAAUAUUAUCGAUCGUAUAUUGUUGACGAAAGUUACCGUGCCAGCACCAACAGCACGACGAACGGUUAACAUAAUCCGUACUAUCUUUUAUCGUUCUCUUUUCCACAAAAGCUGUAUCACCUGAAUAUUCGCAUUCCGUGGUUCAUGGCCAACUGUCAUCUGUCAGACGUGACCAACGUGACAACAUAUAAUAAUAAUAUAAUAAAUUCAUGCGGGCAAUCCGAAUCGAUGCAACUCUGAAAUUCGUUAAAGAGCGCGGACAUUUCUCAUACGUUCUCAUUCGAUCGACGGUAUACCGUUGAGGGGGGCGGAGACAAAAUAUUAACCUACGGAUAGGUUUUCAGAAUUGACGAAUUGUAUUUUCAACAAAGUGUCAUUUAUUAUUCUAGUGCUCGUUAAAAGUGGGUCAAUCGCAAACGUUCGUUCUACUGUCACCGUCACUCAUUUAUUUUUGUUGUUUUUUUUUUAUUUCCUUUAUUUAAUAAUCAUUCAAUAAUGGCUUCUACGAACGAUGAAAUAUCAAAAUUGGAAGAAAAAACAGAGAAUCUACAAGUCUCGGACCCGGCAACGAUCGAUGAUGAUGACGACGAAAACUCAGCAAAAUGUUUGGAACCUCAUCUCUCUGGUUUCGAAACUCACCAACUCUAUAAAAUUGCUCUCAACUUUUAUAAAGAAAAAACAGGCAAAGCGGUACAUUUUUCCUACGAAGACAAAUUAAAACUGGUGGCAUUUACGCAGCAAGUAACGCACGGGAAAUGUACAACAGAAAAUUCGCCGCCGUUGGGGGUACUGGACGUAAUAGGGAAAGACAGAAGAUUAGCAUGGCAAAAUUUGGGCGAUAUAACAAAGGAGCAGGCGAUGGAGGGUUUCAUAGUAUUGCUCGAUAAGCUUUGUCCGCUAUUUAGAACAGUGGUAGAGGCUCAAAAACGAGAUAUCGAAGAGAAGGAGCGUUUAAAGAACGAGGAAGAAUGGAAAAAAGCGGAGCAGGAGAGGAGAGCCGUAGAGGAAGAAGAAGAGAGAAAAAGGGAAGAAGAGGAAAGAACGAGAAGAGAAUAUCAAAGAAGACAAAUUCAAGAAGCUCUCAAUCAACAGACUUAUUACCAAUUCAGAGCUUACGCGGAGCAACAAUAUCCUGGAAACCCGGAACAACAAGCUGUUCUCAUAAGACAAUUGCAGGAGCAACAUUAUCAUCAAUACAUGCAACAAUUGCAUCAAACUGGUACAACCAUUGAGCAGACCAGAGACGGUAAUACGGACGAGAUGAAAAAAGAUUUGUCCAACGUUGUCGCGAGAAACAACGAUGAGUCGAACGAGAGCAACGAGAGUAACGAGAGUACACCCUUAAAACGCGAAGAGUCGGAAGAGCAGGACCCCGACGAUACACCCGAUUGGCCACCUAUCGCUACUCCAAAAAUGUGGACCAGACAAGGCGUCGAGGAAUUCAAAGAAACCAUCAGGCGCGAAGCCGGUGACGCUGUCAUCAAAGUUGGUCACGGAGAGACCGUUACUGUCAGGGUUCCCACUCACGAGGACGGAUCUUGUUUGUUUUGGGAAUUCGCUACCGACGGCUACGACAUCGGCUUUGGAGUUUAUUUCGAAUGGUCCAAACCCGACACGAAUCAGGUAUCCGUACACAUAAGCGAAUCAGAGGACGACGACGAGGACGAGGACGAGGAUUACGAGUCGAGGCAGGAUCUCGAAACUGGAGCAAUGGAUGGUGACCAACGUGGAAAAUACAACGUGCCAACACCCCCACCCAUAAGUGUUAUUGUCCCCGUGUAUCGCAGGGAUUCGCAAGAAGAAAUUUAUGCAGGAAGUCACGAAUAUCCUGGACAGGGCGUUUAUCUCCUGAAAUUCGACAACUCGUAUUCGCUAUGGCGCAGUAAAACACUCUAUUAUCGAGUAUACUACACACGACCGGGUUUCGCCAAAGACUAGAAUUCGACUCAAGACCAAAUGCCGAUAAAAACGACCGGAAUGAACAAACCGAAAUACCAAUUAACGAGAGUAACAUGUGUCAAAGGAUGAAAGAAAGAGAUUAAAGUGAUGCGAAAAUAAAAAAUCGCAGUCUUGUUAAAAAACGAAGCCGCUCCAGCACCAAGAAGAGAAAAACUUUGUCACGCGAGUUUCCUCGUGAUAUCCUAGUCCUACUCUUAGUUAUUCGUGCAAUAUGAACACUGAAACGCAAACUUCAAAGUGAAUGAAAAGAGAAGAAAUAUCGGAACGCGAGAGCGAGAAUUAUUUUUAUUUAUUGAAUGAAGCAAGAAUCAACAAUAUCACGAAUAAAUUUUGAAAAUCAAUAUUUCAGUUUCUCAUCUCAAAUUGUCUAUUGGCUACAAACAAAAAACGCACUCUCAAUCUCCCAAAAGAUGUUCAGAAUAUUUCAUUUUACUCAAUUGUACUCUCUCGAGUCGCGAGUCGAAUAGAAAUCAUUUAUCGAAAUUGUCGAGCAUUCCUGUAGUUAAAUUGGCAUUCGAAAACCGAAGUGGAGCGAGGGCUCGUUUCUAAUCGAGAAAUAAUGAAUUUGUAAGACAAUUUCACUGUGGCCAAUUUGUCAAAUCACCUCCUAAGCAUAAAUAUUUUUACGAAUAAGUCAAGUAUACGUUUACACCGAAAAAAAAACCCAGUCAACACACGCGUACACACACGCAGAGACACACUCGUUCGCAAAAAUUCAAAGGCCAGAGGCAUAAUAUAAAAUGCAUAGAUGUACUAUAAAUCAAUUGUGGAUGAAUUGUCAGUUUCGGAAGGUAGCCCAACACACUGCGUAACAUACAUAUAAGAAUUAUAGAAUAUACUGUGUUUGAAUCUUCGUUACUUAAAGUUGUAUGUUAAAACGUAGUUAUCAGUUCGUGUGUCAAUCUAUAUUGUUUACAUAUGUACGAGUACAUACAUCAUUAUCAUUAAUAUUAUUACUAUUAUUAUUCAUAUUGCAGGCUGUCACGUGUCUCACGUUAUGUAAAAAAAUGUGUCUUUUUCGAAAAAUAUACGAGCGACAAAGGAAUCGAGUAAUAA